AUGUCCUUUAAAAUAUUUUAUAGACCUCUUCUUGUGCGCCGACAGCGGGAAAAAAUUAUAUCGGUGAAGCACCUCGGGGGAGCGCCCCGCCGCAGGAAGCUCUACUGUGCCACCAAGUACCACCUGCAGAUCCACCCCGGCGGCAAGAUCAACGGCACCUUGGAGAAAAACAGCGUCUUUAGCAUCCUUGAAAUAACUGCUGUUGAUGUCGGGAUCGUCGCUAUCAAGGGCUUGUUCUCUGGCAGAUACCUGGCCAUGAACAAAAGGGGCAGGCUUUAUGCAUCAGAGAACUAUAACACAGAAUGUGAGUUUGUGGAGAGGAUUCAUGAACUGGGCUAUAACACCUAUGCAUCUCGUCUUUACCGGACUGUACCCAGCGGAGCCAGCACCAAGCGCAAAGCCAGUGCGGAGAGACUCUGGUACGUCUCAGUCAAUGGGAAAGGACGACCCAGGAGAGGCUUUAAAACACGUAGGACACAGAAAUCCUCCCUCUUUCUGCCCAGAGUAUUGGAUAGCAAAGACCAUGAAAUGGUCCGACUGUUCCACACAAAUGUGAGAUACCGAGAGAGCAUCCUGAAGCCUCCCAGUAAGAACCAACGGAGAAGGAGAGGACGCUGAUGGAGCAGGGAGAGCUUGUGUUGGAACUGGAAGUGAGCAAGACUUCAAAAUACUACUAAAGGAAACUAACAACGGUGACUGUAUGGCAGGCAUUAACACAGGCAUUUUUAUACAAUGUGUAAUAUAAUCCAACAUGCAUUGCUUACUUAUAGAUAUUUUAGAAUUAUUAUCUGUCGUAAGAGAGAUGUGAGAUGAGAUAAGGCACAUUACAAUGUAAUUUAGUUUGAUGUAAUAAUUAUGUCAACAGUUUUCACAUUUUUCUUUUCUUAAAAAAAGUAAUUUUAAUUACUAGUAUUUUCAUUCUAACUUGCCAUAGAGUUCUAUCUAAUUGACCUAUCCUCGCAGAUCAUAAGAACGCUGCACACAUACCAAUUCUGUGUCUAUGAAGAAAACAUAGCACCUUCAAGACUGUUUUAGCAGUUGCUCAUAAAAGGCUACACUACUAUUUUUAUGGUAUACAGGGAUCAAAAAACUUGUUUAUUUUGUAACUAACAUAUAUUUAUUUUUAUUAUGUGAUCGAUCAGUAUCACUUACACUUUUUCCAUGACCAUUAAGGAAACCUGAAGUUGUAAGCUACUCUAAACAUACCAACAGACCUACAUGUUACGAGGCUAUUUUUGAAUUUAUUUAAAUUAAAAAAAAAAAAAAGUUUGAUCUCAUCAUUCAAAUGAAUGUUGAUAAAGUGGCAUUUGCAUUGGCUUUAGCAAUAUAUAUCUGUUUAUCAUUAAAUAGGAUAAGUCCUCUCCUAAAACAGUACUUGAGUACAAUCAAAGAGCUGAGUUUGUGGUAUUGACCGAAUACACGACAUGGAAAAAUUCAGCACUGGGUAUGACAGUCUUUACCAAAUACUCUUCUUUAGCUAAGAUUUCUGCAAUAAGUUCCAGUUCAAAGUUAAAUAUGUUUUAACAAUUUGCAGAAAAAACAAAAACAGUCAUAUUGGACACUCAAAUCUAUAGCUGCUGUGUUUUGCUUUUCCAUUCUUUUUAAACAACUGUUAUUUUCAUGAUGUAGUCCUAUAUGGAAAACUGCAAGUCUAGAUAGGGAUUAAUGAGGGAUUCAUAACUUUUACAGGAGAUUCCACAACACAAAGUUAAUUUUGAGCAAAGGGUUAAGCUUCAAAAUUUUCUUUUCACAUCCCAGAAAUAACAGAAUAAUGG